AUGGGUGCCCUCAAGUACGUCGAAGAGCUUCAAAAGAAGAAGCAGUCGGAUGUCCUGCGAUUCCUCCUCCGCGUCCGCUGCUGGGAGCUUCGUCAGUUGAACGUCAUCCACCGCGCUUCCCGCCCUUCGCGCCCCGACAAGGCUCGUCGUCUUGGUUACAAGGCCAAGCAGGGCUACGUUAUCUACCGUGUCCGUGUCCGCCGUGGUGGUCGCAAGCGACCCGUGCCCAAGGGUGCCACCUAUGGCAAGCCCACCAACCAGGGUGUGAACCAGCUCAAGUACCAGCGCUCCCUCAAGUCGACCGCUGAGGAGCGUGUCGGCCGCCGCUGCGCCAACUUGCGCGUCCUGAACUCCUACUGGAUCAACCAGGACUCCACCUACAAGUACUACGAGGUCAUCCUCGUCGACCCCCAGCACAAGGCUAUCCGCCAGGACCCCCGCAUCAACUGGAUCGUCGCCCCCGUCCACAAGCACCGCGAGUCCCGCGGCCUUACUGCUACUGGCAAGAAGUCCCGUGGUCUCAACAAGGGCCACCGCUACAACAAGACCAAGGCUGGCCGCAGAAAGACCUGGAAGCGCCACAACACCCUGUCCCUCUGGAGAUACCGAUAG